UUUCUUGUGGGCUUUUCAAGGUCUUACAUGAGUGUCUAAACAAUACCUUUACCAGAAACACAGGACAAGUGGAUACAAAGGAAUGGGGAAAUGAUCAGUGGGUAAUGAGAUAGUGUACAUCAUCAUGACUUCUACUUGGAGAAAAUGUGGGCAUUUCCUCCACAAGAACUUCACUUCAAUUGUGGGGCAGCAGAUGGGUCGAACUGUUGAUACCUACCAUGUGCAAGUGAGAUGGAAAAGCAGGCCAAAUUACUUUGCUGAAAGAGUUGCUGAAGGCCCAGUGCUUCGACGCCAUGGGUAUGAGGAGAAGAUCUUGCUGAGUGGUCCCCUUCCUCGCACAGUCAAGACGAAUACACCCAUCAAAGUCAUCCCACCAUAUAAACCAAAAGAAUCAUGGACCGAGAAGAGAGCACAUUUUGGUCAGAAUGAUUAUGUUGAUAUCCUGGGCCCACCUGGAGCAUUGCAUCCAGCCAAGCUAAUGUAUGGUGUUCCUCAAUGGCUAAGAGGUUUUCAUGGCAAUGAGAUGCAGACACUUACCAGACAAAAGGCAUUCUAUGGAAGAUAUUGGCAGCAGAAGCAACCAGCCAAAUGGGAACAAGUAACUAAGCGUAUCCGAUAUCUCUACAGAGUCAUGAACCAGAAGCAUGUCACAUACAAGCCUUAUUCCAAGGAGAGAAUUGUGUACACUGGACCAAAGUAGAACAAAUUAAGGAUAUGAUUGUGGAUUUGAGAGACUGAGCUAUUGAGGAAGGUAAUAAAGAACUUCCCUUGCCUUUUCCAGUUGAUGUUAAUCUUGUCAUCUUGCUCUGAUGGAAC